AUGGAAGAAGAGUGGAAGAGUAUAUCGGUGGUAGGUAUAAGUGAUUUUGCGAUCAAGGAAAAAUUCAAGAUCCUCAAAGGGAGGCUUAAGAAGUGGAACUCUGAGGUUUUGGGGAAAGUCAUAUUGGAGGUCGAGGACAAUAAGGUUGAGAUUAAUUCUAUUGAUACUUUGCUUGCUUGUUGCAAGGAGGAGCAAGUGGAAGGUCUGGUGGCUAGUAGAAACAAGGCAACUAGUAAUUUGUGGUGGAAGUUAGAAUCUCAAGAGCGGAUUCUUGUUCAUAAAUCUAGCUUAAGGUGGAGACAUGACGGUGAUUUGAAUAGUGCUUAUUUCCAUAAUUUCUUGAAAGAUCGACGUAGACGCAAUUUCAUCGAGUCUAUUUCUUUGGAGUGUGGCUUGUUUGAUUCUGUUAGGGAGGUAAAGGAGGAAGUUAGGAGACACUUCUUUGCUAAAUUUAUGGAGCCUGAAACUAGCAAGCCGACUUUAGAUGGUAAAGGAUUCAAAUCUCUCUCAGACGCUGAAAAUGCUUCUUUAGAGGAGGAUAAAUCUCGUCUCAUUGAAGAUUUUCAUAGCAAGGCGCAACCUUCAAAAGCUAUUACUUCUUCUUUCUUGACUUUGGUUCCUAAGUCUAAUUCUCCUUCUAGUUUUGAUGGUUAUAGGCAUAUCUUCCUUGUUGGAAGUUUAUACAAAAUCUUGAGAAAAUUCUUGGCGGGCCGGUUGAAAAAAUUGUUGGGAUCGCUGAUUGCGGGUUGCCAGACCGCUUUCGUUCCAGGGAGGGAGUUGUUGGAUGGUGUUUUAAUUGCCAAUGAAAUUGCGGAUUUUUCUACUCGCGAAAAUAAAGAUUGUCUCCUUUUUAAGGUCGAUUUCGAGAAAGCGUAUGAUAUGGUUAAUUGCAAUGUAUCUUUCAGAAUUGGGGAUGGUUCAUCCAUUUCGUUUUUGUCAGAUUGUUGGGUUUGUGAUGAUCCUUUGAAGGUUUUCUUUCCUGAAUUGUACUUGUCUAGUUCCUUGAAAGAUGCUAAAGUCAGUGAAAUGGGAGGUUUGGCUGAUGGCUAUUGGGUAUGGGGUUGUUUUGGAUUUCUUGAGCAGGUGCUGGUUAAUGAAGUUCCAUCCUAG